AUGGGGCUCGACGUCGUGGAGAUCGGGAUGGGCGCCGAUUUGAGCUUGGAUCUGAGGCACUUCGCCUCCAAGGCCGUGAGGCAGAGCAAGGACGACGCGCCGGCGCCGGACAUGGACGCCUGCAUCCGCCGCCUCGAGGAGGAGCGGGGCAAGAUCGAGAUGUUCAAGCGGGAGCUCCCGCUCUGCGCGCGGCUCCUCGCCGACGUGAUUGAUGUCAUGAAGGAGGAGGCGGGGAAGAAGACGACGCGGAGGAGUGAUCGCAGCCUGGCGGCUGCGGCUGCGGCGGCGGAGGAGGACGAGGACGGCGCCGCCGGGGACAAGAGCAAGUGGAUGAGCACGGCGCAGCUCUGGACGGGCGAUUCCGGCCGGGAGGACGCGGAAUCAGAGAAACAAGACAGGGGGAAGAGUUCGCCGGAGGCCAAGUCUCGCGGCGCCGCCGCCGGCGCUCUCCUGCCGUUCAAGGCUGUUGUGGGCUCCGGCGCGCCGGCGUUCGCGCCGCUCUGCUUGAGAACGGACGACAAGGCUGCGCUCGUCGGGAUGCCGGAUCUGUCCUUGCUGUCGCCGCCGGCGGCCAAGAGCGCCGGCGAGGAGAGCCGGCGCCAGGUGGUGGGGUUUGCGCAGGCAGCGGCGAGGGCGGCCGCCAUGGCGCCAGCUGCCCCUGCGCUUGGCCUCCAGUCCCAAUCGCAGCAGCAGACAGCUCAGCAGCAGCAGCAGCAGCAGGCAAGGAAGGUUCGGCGCUGCUGGUCGACGGAGCUGCAUCGCCAGUUCGUCGCCGUCUUGAAUCAACUCGGUGGCCCCCAAGUUGCCACCCCAAAGCAAAUCAGGGAGCUGAUGAAGGUGGAUGGCCUGACAAACGACGAAGUGAAAAGCCAUCUUCAGAAAUACCGGCUGCACAACCGGAGGGCGCCUGGAUCCGGCGUGGUGAGCCAGCCGAUUGUGCUCGUGGGAGGGCUCUGGAUUCCCCAGGAGCAAAGCAGCUCGCAGUCUGGGUCUCCCCAUGGCCCCCUCCACUUCUCCACCUCAGGAAUCGCCGUCUCGUCAGCGGCCACCGUCAGCUGCGAGGAGGAAGAUGGCCGGUCCGAGAGCUAUGGCUGGAAAUGA